CCACUGCGUGUGCUCCGGGUGCCGCGUGUUCCUGAGCAGGACCCGCCUCUGGAGGUGCACCGUGUGCUACGAGGGCAGAAACGUGAGGAUAAAAUCCGGAGAAUGGUUCUUUGAGGAACGGGCCAAGAAAUUUCCAACUGAAGGCAGGCGCGAGACCGCCGGGGCUAAAAUCCUGCAAUCUUAUCAGCGGCUGAGCAGCAAAAUUUCCGUGGUUCCUCCCACCCCACCUCCGCUCAGUGAGAGCUGGUGCAGUGGCAGCCCUGGCAGGUUACAGGAACUUGGUCAGUUUAAAGGAUUUAAUAAGUCCGUGGAAAAUUUGUUUCUGUCUGUUACCACUCACAUGAAAAAACUCUCCAAGUCCCAGAACGACAUGACCUCGGACAAGCAGCUCCUCAGCACGGGCCCCAGGCCGGGCGCCAGCCGGACGGAGCGGCGCAGCCAGAGUGACACUGCCAUCAACGCCACCACCAGGAAGGUCAGCGCGCCCGACAUCCUGAUGCCGCUCAGCCAGGAGAGUCCCAAACGCUCUACCAACCCUGUUUCCAAGCAAGGAGGUCUCUCAGCACCCCCAGCGCCCAGCACUCCAUUCUCAGGAGGCUCGAGGCGGGGAAGUUUAAUCAGCGUUAAUAGCACGUGCACGGAGAUUGGCAAUUUCGACAACGCUGAUGUCACUGGAGAGAUAGAAUUUGCCAUUCGCUAUUGCUUCGAAACCCGUUCUUUGGAAAUACGCAUCCAGGCCUGCAAGAACCUUGCUUACGGAGAGGAGAGGAAGAAGAAGUGCAACCCGUACGUGAAGACCUACCUGCUGCCUGACAGGUCGGCCCAGGGCAAACGCAAGACAGGCGUCCAGAGGAACACGGUGGACCCGACCUUCCAGGAGACCUUGAAGUACCAGGUGGAGCUCGCCCAGCUGGCGACCCGGCGGCUGCAGGUGUCCGUGUGGCACAUGGGCACGCUCACCCGGAGGGUGUUCCUUGGAGAAGUGAUCAUCCCUCUGGCCACGUGGGACUUUGAAGACAGCACCACACGGUCCCUGCGCUGGCACCCGCUGCGGGCCAAGUGAUGUCUGGUCGGGACUGGGGCCCCCUCCCACCGGAGCGCUUUUCCGAGGGAUC